CGCCAGGGUUUACCUCUGCUGGAGAUUAUUACUGUCGGGUUUAUCAGGGGGUUUCAUCUCCGUCUGGCCACCCAGGACCCCGCACACGGACCCGCCUGUACGCCGGGGACGGGAACCGACGGAUUCGCUCAGAGUCGCCGGCAACAAGAAGAGGAAGAGGACCAGAAUCAGAUCUGAGCACAGCUGAGACCCGAUCCAGACCCGAGGAGCCCCCGCUGAACGGCAUUCUGGGGAUUUUUCAGCGCUUGACCCCGGUGCCUCGGAGAUGAAAAGCUUCAGACUUUUUCUUUCUGCUUCUGCGAACAGUUUUGAGAGAAACUAGAAGCUCAGAGAGCCAAAGGGGACUUUUUUUCUUUUCUUCCACUUGGCCUCCUUUCAUUUUCUGUUUGUUAUCUCUCUCUGGCUUUUCCUGAGAAUGUUUGGUUCCUCAUAAGAGGAAGAGGAGGAGGUGUUUUAACCUGAACUGGGGUGGGGGGGGGGCAUCUUCCAAGGAAAUGGGUUCAGAGAAGGACUCGGAGUCGCCCCACUCGUCGCUGGGCGGCGUGCCCAACCCUAAGUGCCGCCCGUCGGGGAAACGCCAGCGCCGCAUCUCCUUCCACAGCCUCUUCCACAGCAAACGAGGCUCCCGGGGUACCAGGGCCCCCAAAGGGGGGGCGGCCCCCCCUUUAACCAGUCAACAGAUUCUCCCUCCCGCGUUGGGUUUGGUGCCCGCCGCAGCCUCCCCUACGCCCGCCACCGCCACCCAGGCCGCGCCGGCGCCCGCGGAGCCCCUGUCCUCCAGCCAGCCGUCCCUGGGGGGGGCCGAGGCCCCCGGGGACCCCCACCUCCUGGAGUGCCCCCUGUGUCUGGUCCGGCAGCCGGCCGAGCAGCUGCCCGAGCUGCUGGGCUGCAGCCACCGCUCCUGCCUCUGCUGCCUGCGCCAGUACCUGCGCAUCGAGAUCACGGAGAGCCGGGUGCAGCUCAGCUGCCCCGAGUGCGCAGAGCGCCUGGCGCCGCGGCAGGUGGCCGACAUCCUGGACGACGCCGCGCUGCUGGACAAGUACGAGGAGUUCCUGCUGAGGAGAUGCCUGGCCUCCGACCCGGACUGCCGGUGGUGCCCGGCGCCCGACUGCGGGUUCGCUGUCAUCGCCUCGGGCUGUGCCAGCUGUCCCCGGCUGGUCUGUCGCAGAGAGGGCUGCGGCGCCGAGUUCUGCUACCACUGCAAGCAGGCGUGGCACCCCAACCAGACGUGCGACUCGGCCCGCCAGCAGAGGGCGCAGUCCCUGCACACCCACAGCAACCACUCGCCCAGCUACACGCAGGAGCACGGGCCCGCUGACGACAUCAAACCCUGCCCUCGCUGUGGCGCCUACAUCAUCAAGAUGAACGACGGCAGCUGCAACCACAUGACCUGCGCCGUCUGCGGCUGCGAGUUCUGCUGGCUCUGCAUGAAGGAGAUCUCCGACCUGCACUACCUCAGUCCGUCCGGCUGCACGUUUUGGGGCAAGAAGCCGUGGAGCAGGAAGAAGAAGAUCCUGUGGCAGCUGGGGACUCUGAUCGGAGCGCCGGUCGGCAUCACGCUCAUCGCCGGCAUCGCCGUCCCCGCCAUGGUCAUCGGCAUCCCUGUUUACGUCGGCCGCAAGAUCCACGCCCACUACGAGCUGAAGAAGACGUCUCGUCACCGCAGGAACCUGGCCGUCACCGGCGGCGUCGCCCUGUCAAUCAUCACCGCGCCCGUCGUGGCCGCUGUGAGCGUCGGCAUCGGAGUUCCCAUCAUGCUGGCCUACGUCUACGGCGUGGUUCCCAUCUCUCUGUGUCGGGGCGGCGGCUGCGGCGUGAGCCGCGGGAAGGGGCGCGGCGUGCGGAUCGACUUUGACGAGGACGACGGGCCAAUCACAGUGGCGGACGCGUGGCGAGCCCUCAAGUCCCCGAGCCUCGGAGAGAGCAGCCUGGACGGCGCCGUCAGCGGCCUGAGCACCACGUCCCCCAGCGAGGGUCUGUCCGUGGCCCCCGGGACCCUGGGGGACACGCCGCACUUCAACACGCUGGCCGGGGGGGCCCUGGGGGCCCGCGGAGCCCUGGGGGCCCGCGCCGGCAAGUACAACAGGUUGGAGGUUCAGGCCGCUGAACUGGCCAAGGAAUCGGCCCAGAGAGAGACGGGGAGUCUGGGAGCAGGAAGUGACUCUGCCAGCACCAGAGGAAUGGCCGGAUCCAUCAUCUCCUCCUACACCCUCCCCGACAGGGACUGCAACAACCUGGAGAUCCAGGUGGACAUCGAGACCAAACCAAGCCAUCUCUGCCUGACCAGCGAGGAGGACCUGGCCCCGCACCCGUGCUCCGGCGCCAUGGCGACGGCCUCGGGAGGGGAGGAGCCACAGGACUGCAGCUCCCGGAGGGGCGGGGCCUUGUCCGGCUCGGCGCUGGGGCUGUCGGCGGGCGCGUCGGCGGGAGAGGGGCUCCGGGACGUCACCCUGGCGCAGCCGGAGAGCAUCCGCAGCGACCUGGAGAUGUCGGACACCCAGUCGGACGACAUCGCCGAGCUGACGUCGGACGACUGCGACUCGCCGCACCCCAAGAGCUGCUACCCCGUCGCGGGCCGAGUGACGCCGCAGCCCGCCUCCUGCCGGACUCUGACCACGCCCAGCGACGGCCUUCACUGUCCCACCGACGCCGGCGUUAUCCUCUACGUCUGA